CUAUACUUGGAUGGAGACUAAAAAAAAAAUAAUAUAAAAAAAAAAUCUGACUUUAUAAUAAAAACACUUUCAACGAUUAUUGGCUCAUUAAACUUAUCUUUUGGUUAUUAAAAUGUUUUUCAGGCUCGAAUUCAUCUUAUUCUCUUUUUCAAUCACACACAUAUAUAAAUAUAUUCAUAAUCUUCUCACAUUAUAUCUGAAAUUCUUUGUGCAAUGCAGAAAUGCACUUCUCAGUCGUGUCAUUAAUCUUACCAUAAUCUUUCCAUUUAAUUCGUAUGAAAUUAAUUCCAUUUUAAAAUCGUUCUUAAUUUCUAUUAGAAAAAACCAUUUGCAAUUCAUUCAUAAUUAUUAUAAAUUUAUUUAUAAUACUUUCUAUCUCUUUUAAAAAGGCAAUUUUCUUAAAAAAAUUCGAAAUCUCGUUCGACUUUUUUCAUCGCAAUUAGAAGUUCAUUUUCAAUUAUCAUAUCUUAUGAUCUCCCUAAAAAAAUAUUUAUUUUGUAAUUGAUAAAAUAAAAAUAUAAUUAAUAAAUAAAUAUCAACUUAAAAUAUCAAUUAAAUAAAAAAAUAAAUGCAUAUUCGAUCUUAACACUCGACGACCACUUAUACCAGAUAUAACGCAUUGCAACGUGUUCUAAGUUGUUGCGUUUAUCAGUCCUAUAUACAAUUUAAACUGUUACUUAACAAUCAACUUCAAACACUUAAGUCCACCUCAGUGUCUGUCUUCUUUCGUGUUCGUUUAACGGACUUGAUGAGCUAAUGGUAGCCCAAGUUGAGGCACAACAGCAAUGCAGAAAUCCCUUUCGGCUGUAAUCUUGCGGAUUGUUUGCUCGUAGUCGCGAAUCGCACGUAGUCAGACAUCGAGUAUAAGAUCCACGACAGCUAUAAGCCGGCACAAAGGAAAAACAGUUGUUAUCAAUUAUCAUGCGAAGGUGCAACGUCGUUUGCGAGGAACGCAGAAAAAAUUGCAUUUUUUCGGGAUCGAAAACGUGUCGUAUAACGUGGAUAACAGCAUUGUUAGCUUGAGAAAGGGACCGCGAGGAUCGACACGCGGCAUCAUCUUUGAUUUUGUGAAGAUCGGAUGUGGACAUUGCGCCAUUCGAUCGACAGAACGGUAGCAACGGAGGUAACCGCGUGUUCAAACGACCUGGCACGUGGGUGGGUGUAUUGGAUGAGAAGGGGUGAUUGUCGGUGAUGGACAAUGAGCAGCCGCAUCAGGAACUGGUCAAGUGUGUGGUCGUCGGUGACACGGCAGUUGGAAAGACCAGGCUGAUAUGCGCAAGGGCCUGCAAUAAACACGUGUCACUUUCGCAACUUUUGACAACUCACGUGCCCACCGUUUGGGCCAUCGACCAGUACAGGAUAUACAAGGACGUCUUAGAACGAUCCUGGGAAGUAGUCGAUAACGUGAAUGUCUCCCUGCGACUUUGGGACACAUUUGGUGAUCACGAAAAAGAUCGACGUUUCGCGUACGGCAGAUCAGACGUCGUGCUACUAUGUUUCUCCAUAACCAAUCCCGUUUCGCUACGGAAUUGCAAGGCGAUGUGGUACCCAGAAAUACGACGGUUUUGCCCGCAGACCCCCGUGCUGUUAGUGGGAUGCAAGAACGAUCUGCGUUACAUGUAUCGAGAUGAAACUUAUUUGAGCUAUUUUCGUGAUCGAAGUCCGUUCGUGAGAGCUACGAGGAAGAGCGAUCUGGUAAUGCCCGAUCAAGCUCGAGCCGUUGCACGUGAACUUGGCGUUUGUUAUUACGAGACCAGUGUCUUCACGUAUUACGGUGUUAAUGAAGUGUUCGAAAAUUCGAUACGUGCUGCCUUAAUUGCAAGGCGUCAGCAACGAUUUUGGAUGACGAACUUGAAAAGGGUGCAGAGACCUCUGCUUCAGGCACCAUUUUGUCCACCGAAACCUGUUCCACCGGAAGUGUGUCUAGCCGCAAGCACUUAUGAAGAGAAUAUGAAGACACUAUGGACAAAGCCUGUUCACACUGACGUGACUUUAAUAGCCGGAAACUGCACGUUUUCCGCUCAUAGGUGUCUUUUAGCCGCUGCAUCGCCUGCAUUUCAUCGACUUUUCUCUAUGGAACUUGUUCAAGAGCAAACACCUCGAAGUUCUAGCGAAUCUAGCAUGGUAAGUACGUUUGGUGAAGCAACGGUCGGUGAUUUCAAUGAUGACACCGAGUGCCUGAUUCGUAUCGAUCAAUCAAAACCUGCAAAAGUUUGGGAACAAUUGAAGCGACGUUCGAGCUUUCAAGUACUGCCCACCAUGGACAACCAAAAGAAACCGACUGGUACUACCAGAGAUCUUAAUCAUCCUGCCUUCCAAAACAUUCGUGUAUGUUUGACUGAGAAUACAAACGGAAUGCAGCAAUCAACGACAGUGGUUACGCUGUCUAAGUUAAUUACGCCGCAGGCAAUGCAGCAAUGUUUGCAGUUCAUUUAUACGGGCAGCUUGGAUAAACGGUAUCACGAUCUACAAACAGCUCCUAUUGGGCUUCUACUGGAAAUUAGACAGGCAGCGGAAUUCUUGGAGCUUCCGCAAUUGUUGAUGGUGCUUGGAACUCUACAAACUAGAGAUCAAUUUAAUAAUGAUCUUAAUAAUCGCUACAAACACGUAGUGAGACAACGUUUAGAAGAUAUUUGUUUAGAACAAGGACUCUUUGCCGAUGUAACAUUUGAAUUAGAUGAUGGAAGUGUUCCAGCCCAUAAAGCAAUUCUCACUGCCCGAUGCGAUGUGAUGAAAGCUAUGUUCUCCGGUGAUUUUCGUGAAAGCAGCGCAAAAGUAAUAGUGUUUCCUGGUGUACGCGAAUAUACAUUUCACAAACUGCUUUGUUAUCUCUAUACGGAUGAAGUGCCAGCAAUUUCCUCUGCCAGAUGUUUGAACCUCUUAGAAUUGGCAAAUCGUCUUUGCUUACCACGACUAGUAAACUUGGUCGAGAGCAGAGUAAUCGAAGAUCUCGAGAGAUUGUCUCAAAACGAGGGAAACGAGGCCGUGGAGAACUGUCUGAGAUUACUGGAACCGUGCAAGUUGCAUAACGCCGAUCAACUAGCUGACUGGUGUAUGAACUAUUUAUGCGUGAAUUAUAACAAAUUGUGCAAGAUGUCUCCACGAAGUGUGCGUCUUUUACAUCCAGAGAAUCAAGAAUAUUUAAAUGAGCAUCGAUGGCCUCCAGUGUGGUAUUUAAAAGAUUACGAUUAUUAUCAAAAAUGUUUAGCGGAACGUGAUCGAGAGAAUAAGCCAACAUUAAAAAGAAAUCGUAAUCAGUCCGGUUGUUUAUGCUUUUCUGGCACAAGUAAAACUAGAAGAGAAAGUUCCAGCGGUGGUGAAGGUACAGCAUCAUCAGCGAACAACGAUCCACAAUCUGAACGACCUUUGUUCGACUCGAUCGAGUCUGGUGAACAGGUUGUAUGACAAGAGCCCAGCGGCCUACGCCGCUCAAUCCGAUUCAUUUUGGUCCUACCCGUGCUCAUGGUCUUCAUAUGCACCAUUUUUACUAUUUUGAUACUGCUACAAAUUUAUACUUAAGAAAAUUUAAACGCCGAUAACAAUUUAUGCACAUUGAGGAUGCCUAAAAGCAAAAAAAGAUAAAAAAAAGAGGAAAUAGAUCCUCUAAUUUUUUAUCAAUCUUGUUUGUCGUACGCAAUGAAAAUGAAUAUUUCUGUCUAAUGUACGUUUCUUCUUUUUCUUUGUUUUGAAAAAUAACGUAAAUGAAUUGUAAUUCCAAAAUAAUUGGUGAAACUGUAUCUUUUGUACAAUUUCAAUGGAGAUGAAUCUGAUAUCUAUAUUGUUGAAAAAUCUAUUUAAAAUGUGUACGAUCUUUUAGAAUUUCAAACGGGCGUCCGUCGUUUGUAAGCGAAUAAAACAAGAUGGUGCCUUUUAUUGACGAUUCGUCGUUGCUGCCACAGCGACCUUUAAACAGGGUGAUGUUGAAUCACCUGGACAGUUUUAAUAUGUUUUUGAUUACAAAUACGAAUUGCAGAAAAAAAAAUAAAUCACAAUAUAAGUUGAAAAAAUAAAUCUUGCAUCCCAUUUUCCGUCAAUGAGCACGGCACGUUUUUCGAAUGUGAAGAACGUGAAUGCUUUAAAUUGCUCAUCCAUUCUGAUCACAUAAGUGAUUUUUAUACAAGAGAUAUUUCGGUGGCUGUUAAAAUCUUUGAGAUUUUUCAAAUUUUUUCUGUUAAUAUUGUUCAAGAUUUCUGUAUAUUCUUACAAGAAAAUUUCUAAAUCAAUUUCAAAAAGAAUUUUAGAAUGCAUCAAAUCCGAAUUGCAUUUUAUACCAAAUCGCUCUAAAUAAUAUCGCAUCUAAAUAAUAAGAAAUCUUGGACAGUAUUUACUUAAAUGAUUAUUAUAAUUUCCACUUCCCUCUCCCUAAUAAUAAAAUUACAAUUUAAUUUUACAAAAAGGGAGUAGGAGGGAAAUGUUGGAGAAUAAAAUCUGAAUCAGAAAAAGCCGCUGAAGGAAAAAUAUUUCCAAGAGACGAUAAAAAUUUGCCGUACUUUUAUCGAUGCGUGUUAGACUGAAGAAAACGAGCAAUAGCUUUAGUCCAUAAUAGAGCGUGAUUAUAUUAAGCGGUAAAUAUAGUUCUAUAAGAAAUAACUAUUAAUGAUAAAUCAACGCGGAUUUUUACAUUGUUUGUACAGCAUCCGACAACAGGCCAUGCUUCAUUUCUUGGGUUUCCAUGCGACAAAAUUACGAUUUCUUCGAAUGCGAGGAGACCUCUCGUAUUUCUACUAUUUUAUAACAAUUUAUGGCUAAGUGAAAUUACUAUUUUCAUCUUAAUUGUCGAUUAAAUGAUGAGGACAUAUGCAGUUCAAUCGAUAUAAGUAGGAUCGUCCAAUAAAAACUGCAACAUAUCGAUCACGGUAAUGGGUUACUUUUAGAAUUAUAAAUUGCGAUUACAUCGGUAAGAAUAAUUAAUAGCUAGAUAAUGAAAGAAUGAGAGUGAAUCGAUUAUUCAUAAUGAUUAUAUAAUUAUACGAAUCCACCGUUCGUAAAAUAUAGAACGAUGUUAUGUUAGAUGUAUUUCUGUGUCAGAGUGAAUCUUCGCGUAUAUUGUAUAUUUUCUUAGCAACUUGUACUUUAUAAGGCACAAAUUGGUCCUUGUAUAUCGAAGAAGCGUAAUUAUGCAUCGUUCAAGCCAGUUAUGAUCAUGCAUAAAUCUUCAAUUAGAAUAUGAAGCAACCUGUACUAUUAGCAGUCGGUAUUACAAAUAUUUAAUACUCGUUAGAUCAUUUUUUGUCGUGAUUAUUCAAUCGAUUCAUUAUUCAAUCGAUUCCCUUGCAUUAUUUCGCAAUGAAAGUAUGUUUGAAUGAGUGAAUGAAUGAGAGAAAAUGAGAGGAAAAAAUUAAAAUUUGCAAAUACACAUGACUCGUAAUUUUACAUUAUAUAUCUUGUAUUUAAAAACAUGUACAAACACGCGUGAUAAAUUCGUAAAGUUUUGAAAUAA